AAGACUCCCAACCUGAUGAAAUCUCAGAGGAGAGCCCAGAAAACCGCAACAAACAUUUGUAGCAAGUUUUAUUCACCAACAAAUCAUUGACUACAAACCAAGAAAUUUCAGAAAAACCAUGUAAUCUGGACAUAAACAUUUUUCCUGCAAAAAUCAUGCCCUGUAAAUGUGACACUGCAGGGCCUACUUACCUGGGUCUCAUCCCAUUGGCCCCACACUGUUAGUAUUCAAAAGAAAAAGCUCACAAGCAUAAUGUAUGUGAGAAAUGGCUCCUCAGUGUUAAAGAUGACAAAAAUGAUAUUCAAGAGAAAUCUUUUGUUUAUAGUAAAAAUGUGAAAGCCCUUGGUCAUAAGGAAGAAGUUAUUCAACAUCAGACAAUUCAGACUUUGGGGCAAGCUUUUGAAUAUAAUGAAAGUGGAAAAGCUUUCCUUGAAAAGGCUGCCCUCCUUACAUCUAAGAGUGCCCACCAAAAAGUGAAAUCUUAUAAAAUCAGUAAAUUUGGGGAAAAUCGAUGUGAUAAAUCAAUCUUUAUUGUCUCUCAGAGCAUUCCUCCAGAGGAGAAGAGUCACUACAAGUUGGGUGAAAAUAGAAAUUGUUUCAGUAGGAUAACUCAAGAAACUGACACAGAAGGGAACCAAAAAGCACACAUUAGAGAACAUCAGAUAAUUCAUGGGGUGAAAUCUUUUGAAUAUGGAAAAAAUUUCAGCCAUAAUUUAGCCUUCCCAGUGCAUCAGCAAAUUCACGUAACAAAUAAAUGCUCUGAAUAUAACACAUGUAUAGAGACAUUCAGCUACCAGUCAACUUUCAAUGUACAUCACAGAACUGACAUAAGGGCAAAACCCUGUGGGUAUAGUGAAUGUGGAAAAUCUUGCUCUAUGAAUUCAUGCUUGAUUAAGCCUCAGAAAAUUCACACAGGGGAGAAACCCUAUGAAUGUCAUGAAUGAGGAAAAGCUUUCAGUGAGAAAUCACGUCUAAGAAAACAUCAGAGAACUCACCCAGGAGAGAAACCAUAUAAAUGUGAUGGAUGUGAGAAAGCUUUCAGUGCAAAGUCAGGACUGAGGAGACAUCAGAGAACCCACACAGGGGAGGAACCAUUUGAAUGUAAUGAAUGUGGGAAAUCUUUCAACUAUAAGUCAAUCCUCACAGUGCAUCAAAGAACUCAUACAGGGGAGAAACCCUUUGAAUGUAAUGAAUAUGGGAAGUCUUUCAGCCAUAUAUCAGGCCUAAGGAAUCAUUGGAGAACUCACACAGGGGAAAGACCUUAUAAAUGUGAUGAAUGUGGGAAAGCUUUCAAACUGAAGUCAGGCUUAAGAAAACAUCAUAGAACACAUACAGGGGAGAAGCCCUACAAAUGCAAUCAGUGUCAAAAAGCUUUUGGUCAGAAAUCACAACUCAGAGGACAUCAUAGAAUUCAUACAGGGGAAAAACCCUAUAAAUGUAAUCAUUGUGGAGUCAGUCGGAAAUCAAAUCUCAGAGUACAUGACAGAACUCAUACUGGGGAAAAACCCUAUAAGUGUGAUGAAUGUGGAAAAACUUUCAGGCAGAAGUCAAAUCUC